AUGUCGGCAAAUAGGGCAAAGACGUUUGAUAAGACGAUGAAGCUGCUUCUGGUGGGGGACUCGGGAGUGGGCAAGUCGUGUUUGCUUCUGCGGUUUGUGGACGACAAGUUCAACUCGUCGUUUAUCACCACAAUUGGCAUUGAUUUCAAGAUUAAGACUAUUGACCUAAACGGAAGCAAGAUCAAGUUGCAAGUGUGGGACACGGCUGGUCAGGAGCGGUUCCGGACUAUCACCACGGCGUACUACCGCGGAGCCAUGGGGAUUAUUAUUGUUUACGACGUGACGGACGAGAACUCGUUUGAGAGCGUCAAGAAGUGGUAUCAGACGGUCAACCAGCACGCCAAGGACGAGGCCCAGCUGUUUUUGGUCGGAAACAAGUGCGAGGACAGCGAGAGCAGACAGGUGAGCGAGAAGCAGGGCGAGUUGCUUGCCGAGGAGCUUGGAUUGCCAUUCAUGGAGGCGAGUGCCAAGUCCGGCUUGAACGUCAACGAGGUGUUCUACAAGCUGGCCUCCUUGAUCCUGGAGAAGAACGGCGACGAUUUGGCCGCUCCGGCCGACAAGCUCAACGUCAACCAGCAGAGCACUACAAGUAGCUCAUGUUGUUAG